AAAUGUCAACGCAAACUCACUUCAUUCUACCCUGCCAACUGAUGAUUGAGGAAGAAGUUCCUUGCCUGAGGGGAGUAGGAGGGGAAUCUGGGAGAAUUCCCUGACCCUGAGAAUACAGGAAGGCUGGACAUCCUUCCCAGGACCCAGCCCCAGGGCCGAAGUCCAGCUUUCCAACCACCUGCUCCUGGGAAGCCUUCCCAACUCUGCCCUCCAUUCUCCUGCCAUGGCGGGAGAUUGAUGCCACCUGGCUGCACCUCUCCAGGGCCCUACAGCCUGCCCUUCAGCCCCAGGCUGGCUCCAGCAGCCUGUAACCAGACACUGUUUGCUUCCCGCAGGCACCCGAGCCUCUCUCCUGGGCCACCACUAGCCUCCUGUCCAAGGGGCCUGGGUGGAGCGCCCCGUGACCUCCAUCUGUCUGCGCCCUGGUUAAUUUUUGCCCAGUCUGAGGGCCCGGCUCCUCCCCCUGGGGGAUAUAAGUCCGCCGGGGACUGCCUGCCUGCCUCCCGCCUGGCUGGCCCUGAGCCUCCCCGAGCUCCCCCCACCCCACCCUCACCAUGGCCAAGGGCUUCUUCAUUUCCAAGACUGUGGGCAUUCUGGGCAUCGUCCUGGCCGUGGCAGCCGUGAGCACCAUCAUCGCCCUGUCCGUGGUGUACUCGCAGGAGAAGAACAAGAACACAGCCAGCAGCACCACCGCCGCCCCCUCCGUAACCACCUCCCAGGCCACCACCUUAGACCAAAGCAAACCAUGGAACCGAUACCGCCUCCCCGAGUCUCUGGAGCCCCACUCCUACAGUGUGGUGCUGAGGCCCUACCUGGACCCCAAUGCUCAGGGGCUCUACAUCUUUGAGGGCAACAGCACCGUCCGCUUCAUCUGCAAGAGCGCCACCAAUGUCAUCAUCAUCCACAGCAAGAAACUUAACUACACCAGGGAGCCUAAGGUGGUCCUUCGCGGCGUGGACGCCCAGGCCCCCCAGAUUCAAAAUAUCGAGCUGGUAGAAGUCACUGAGUACCUGGUGGUGCACCUCAAGAAUAAUCUGGAGGUGAGCAAGACCUAUGAGAUGGACAGCACGUUUCGGGGGGAGCUGGCGGAUGACCUGGCCGGCUUCUACCGCAGCGAGUACAUGGAAGACAACGUGAAGAAGGUGGUGGCCACAACGCAGAUGCAGGCAGCAGAUGCCCGGAAGUCCUUCCCCUGCUUUGAUGAGCCGGCCAUGAAGGCCUAUUUCAACAUUACCAUCAUUCACCCCAAGGACCGCACGGCACUGUCCAACAUGCCGCCCAAAGGUCCCAGCAAGCCACUACCAGAAGAUAAUAACUGGCUCAUCACUGAGUUUGAAACCACACCCAAAAUGUCCACAUACUUGCUGGCCUACAUUGUGAGCGAGUUCAAGGAAGUGAACGCAGUGACUCCCAAUGACAUACAGAUCCGCAUCUGGGCUCGGCCCAGGGCCAUCGACGCAGGCCACGGCGACUAUGCGCUGAAGGUCACAGGCCCCAUCCUGACCUUCUUCGCUCAACACUAUAACACUUCCUACCCUCUCAGCAAAUCUGACCAGAUCGGCCUGCCUGACUUCAACGCCGGUGCCAUGGAGAACUGGGGGCUGGUCACCUAUCGGGAGAGCGCGCUGCUGUUCGACAACUUGACCUCCUCCAUCGGCAACCAGGAGCGGGUGGUCACUGUGAUUGCUCAUGAGCUGGCCCACCAGUGGUUUGGGAACCUGGUGACCAUCAGGUGGUGGAAUGACUUGUGGCUGAACGAGGGCUUCGCCUCCUACGUGGAGUACCUGGGCGCCGACUUUGCAGAGCCCCACUGGAAUCUGAAAGACCUCAUAGUGCUGAACGAAGUGUACCGUGUAAUGGCCGUGGAUGCGCUGGUUUCCUCGCACCCACUGUCCACCCCGGCUGAGGAGGUCAACACACCUGCCCAGAUCAGCGAACAGUUUGACUCCAUCGCCUACAGCAAGGGGGCCUCGGUCCUCCGGAUGCUCUCCAACUUCCUGACUGAGAAUGUGUUCAAGGAGGGCCUGGCGUCCUACCUCCACACUUAUCAAUACUCGAACACUGUUUACAGCAACCUGUGGGACCACCUGCAGCUGGCUGUAAACAAGCACCCCAACCUCGGUCUGCCUCGCACCGUGAGCCAGAUCAUGGACCGCUGGACCCUACAGAUGGGCUUUCCUGUCAUCACCGUGGACACCAGCACAGGGAACAUCAACCAGAAGCACUUUCUGCUUAACUCCGAGUCCAAUGUCACUCGCCCCUCACCAUUCAACUACCUGUGGAUUGUGCCCAUCUCAUCCAUGAAAAAUGGCGUCGAGCAGGACCACUACUGGCUGAAUGGUAGUGAGAAAGAGCAGAGCUCACUGUUUCAAACUGCGGCCGACGAAUGGGUCCUGCUGAACAUCAAUGUGACGGGCUACUUCCGGGUGAACUAUGACCAGAACAACUGGAGGAAGAUCCAGACUCAGCUGCAGUCCAACCUGAAGGUCAUUCCUGUCAUCAACCGGGCGCAGAUCAUCCAUGAUGCCUUCACCCUGGCCAGCGCUGGCACAGUCCCUGUCACCCUGGCGCUGAGCAACACCCUCUUCCUCAGCCAAGAGCUUGAGUACAUGCCCUGGCAGGCUGCCCUGGACAGUCUGAGCUACUUUAAGCUGAUGUUUGACCGCUCGGAGGUCUAUGGUCCCAUGAAGAAUUACCUGAGGAAGCAGGUCACCCACCUCUUCACUCAUUUCGAAACUACCACACAGAACUGGACUGUGCGCCCAGAUACACUGAUGGACCAGUAUAACGAAGUUAACGCCAUCAGCACCGCCUGCUCCAACGGGCUUUCUGAGUGUCAGACACUGGCCUCCAGCCUCUUUGCCAAAUGGAAGGACAACCCUGAUAACAACCCGAUCCACCCCAACCUGCGCUCCACCAUCUACUGCAAUGCCAUCGCCCGGGGCGGUGUGGAAGAGUGGGAUUUUGCCUGGGGGCAGUUCCGAAAUGCCACCAUAGUGAACGAGGCGGACAAACUCCGUUCAGCCUUGGCUUGCAGCAACGAGGUCUGGAUUCUGAACAGGUACCUGGAUUACACCUUGAACCCCAACCUCAUCCGGAAGCAGGAUGCCACCUCCACCAUUAGUAGCAUUGCCAGCAACGUCAUUGGGCAAGAUCUGGCCUGGAACUUUGUGCGGGACAACUGGAAGAAGCUUUUCCAGGAUUAUGGUGGUGGCUCCUUCUCCUUCUCCAACCUCAUUCAGGCCGUGACCCGACGAUUCAACACUGAGUCUGACCUGCAGCAGCUGGAACAGUUCAAGAAGGACAACGCCGACAUAGGCUUCGGCUCAGGCACCCGGGCUCUGGAGCAAGCCUUGGAGAAGACCAAGGCCAACAUCAAGUGGGUGAACGCCAACAAGAAGGCCGUGCUCGAUUGGUUCAUACAGAAUAGCCAGUAGUCAGUGCCCUAGUCCCUGAAGCCACCCCUUAUCCGAGACACACACGUGCCUGUUCCUGUGGCCCACGACGGCACCCUCACCCUCACUCCCAGGUCCUGAGCACCGGUGACCCCCACCCACCUAAAGGCAGUCUCGUCAUGUGCCUUCUGCUCUGCCAUGGGGCCAGUCCAGUGCCUGAUGCUCAGACUGUCCAGACUGUACCCCUCGUACCAACUCCACCUCAGGCCUAGCAGGAUGCCCAUCACCCAGAGGCCUGGGGCUGAUCUCAGGGAAGCCCAACUCCAGGCUAGAUGAGUCCAAGCCCUCAGUGGACAAUGGAUGGCCUUAGGGAACUGCCCCGAGCCCUCUCAUCUCCCCACAAAGACCCUGGACCAAAGUAAGCCGCAAGACAUCAGAUCUAUAUCUAUAUAUAUAUAUAUUUUUUUUUUUUUUCCUAAAAGAAAAUGUAAAUAAAGGGUUUCUAGCUGA